GGGAGACCGCGGCCUGCGCGUAGAGGCGCGGCCUGCGUGUAGAGGCGCCGCCCGCCCGCCCGCCCGCCGUCGUUGCAUGACAUCGCCGCCGCCGCUGCCCCAACCCCAACCCCAGCGAGGAGCGGCCGGGGAAGGAGACGGCAAUGUCUGUCGCCGAGCUGCCGGAGGAAACGCAUAGGGAGACCAAGUGAUGUGCAGAACAAAGGAUCAAAGUGGAGUCAGGAAAAGUACUGCAGCCCCCCUGCAUCUGUGUGUUUGAUAUUUGAAACAUCUGUAUUUAUAAAUUAUGAUGAACAUGUCACCUUAGAGGAUUCUGCCAAUGAGAAUUGCUUUGCAAGUACAUUAUUAUUCUGGACCACUUUCUAACUAGUCCACCGUCCAGUAAUAAGACCCAAGAAAGCGUCCAACUUGCUCACUGCAAAUGGAUCAGAAGAGAGCUGGAACAUAUAGGUGAUUAACAUUACUUGAAAAAUUACAUUUAUUUUGUAACACUCCAUUUUGCAUUAAAAUACCUCCCCUCCAGAGGGAACAACACCCUUCAGGCAUUGCAUGUCGCGCAUUAAGAGCACUUUAGACUCUGUGUCAAAAGCUGUCAGUACCACGCACACUGAGCUCAUUGGGAAACUUGUACGGUUGAAGCCCACUCUAAGUAUUUCAGUGAAACAUUCGGAAACUGAGAUUGCAGUACCACAUGAAAGCUCAGAGAAACUAACCACUACUAAGUCGAACACAGUGAAGGAUGGUUUGGAUCUGAACCAAACCGCAGAGGAUACCAUUCGUUCUGUUUCCAACACCCCUGUUGGCUCAGAACUUGAAGACAAUUCUAACAAGAAAUUAUCUGGUAAUAGUGCAAUUAAUAGAGAGAAAGAUGAAAAAUCAAAUCUCUUCCAUGUCAGCUGCAUCACGACAAAUUUUGGUGAAACGUACAAUUAUGUGGCAAAUCAUAUCAACAGUUAUUUUGGAAGUGGGGAGCAAAUAGAUACAGCAAAAGAGAAUAAAUUAUCAUUGUUUGACCAAAAAGGUUGGUCCAAGAAGAAUCCCAUAUGGACAGCAACUUCUAAAUCAAAAAUGAACGAAGUAGAUGAUAAAGAAAUCGAUGGUUUAAAUAUUGGCAAUGAACACACUGCUGCAGCUGAUGUGCCUUCGUCAACUGCAUCUGCAAAGAAGAGUUUUGCUAGCUUGCUCUCAUACCCGACAAAUAGUGUUCAAGCAUUCGUGGAUACCUGCUUUGGUAGUUUUGUUCCCAAGGUGCGGCCUGAAAUUAAAGACGCUGCUGAAAUCAAGCAAAAAAAGCUGAAGAGUGAAAGCACAAUGAAAGAUGACGAACGAUCUGAUGACAAAGAAGCCAAGCCAGCAGAUGAUAAAGUCAAGUAUUUGGCUCUUCAGCGAGAAAAGAUCAUUGCUAAGUUUAGUGUGGAUAACAGGACAAGAGCCUUGGCGCAAGCACUACGCCGAGCUUCGAAUGUUAGACUGUGCAUCAAUCGAGUUGAGGAACUGAAUUACCACCUUCUAGAAUUUCCUGAAACCAGGGCAGUAGCUGUCAAGGAGAAGCUAAUUCCUUGCUUGUUACGCCUGAGGCAGGCAAAUGAUGAAACUCUUCAGAGUGCAGUCAGAGAGACUCUGGCUUUAAUUGGAUAUUCCAAUCCUAUUAAAGGCCGCGGUAUAAGAAUCUUGGCUAUUGAUGGAGGAGGAACAAGGGGACUGAUUGCUCUUCAGACCCUCCGUAAACUUGAAGAAUUGACAGGAAAGCAAGUCUAUCAACUCUUUGACUACAUCUGUGGGGUUAGCACAGGUGCCAUACUAGCAUUUAUGUUGGGGUUUUUCCAGAUUCCAUUGGACGAUUGUGAGGAAAUGUACCGAAAAUUAGGUACAGAUGUAUUUAAACAGAACGUAAUAGUGGGAACUAUGAAAAUGGGCUGGAGCCAUGCCUUUUAUGAGAGUGAACCCUGGGAAAAAAUACUGAAGGAAAGAAUGGGUGAAGAUUUUUUAAUUCAAACUGCAAGAAAUCCUAAAAGCCCCAAGGUAGCAGCUGUGAGUACUAUAGUGAACAAGGGGACACCACUGAAAGCAUUCGUCUUCAGGAACUACAAUCACCUACCUGGUAUAAGAUCGCAUUAUAUGGGUGGGUGUAAAUUUAAACUCUGGCAAGCCAUCCGAGCAUCUUCAGCUGCACCCGGCUAUUUUCAGGAAUAUGCCAUUGGCAACGACCUUCAUCAGGAUGGUGGCUUGCUCAUCAACAAUCCUUGUGCACUGGCCAUACACGAGUGCAAACGCAUUUGGCCAAACACACCCUUUCAAUGUGUGAUCUCACUUGGAACGGGACGCUUUGAAACAUUGGGGAAAAACAACGUGACUUACACAAGUCUUAAAACCAAACUGACUAACGUAAUAAGCAGUGCAACUGAUACAGAAGAAGUUCACACCAUGCUUGAUGCUCUUCUGCCGGCUGACACCUACUUCCGUUUCAAUCCUUUCUUGAGUGAGGAUAUCGUUUUGGAUGAAAACCGUAAAGAAAAGCUGAAUCAGCUCCAAAUGGAUGGAACUCAGUACCUUGAACGGAACGAACCUAAGCUCAGGAAGGCUGCUAAAAUACUUUGUCAGGAGAAGGACUUGCUUCAGAAAGUAUCCGACUGGUUUAAAUUAAAAGCAGAUAUGUACGAAGGUCUUCCUCUGACUUCCAAGUUGUAAUUUAAAAUUCUCAAUUUCUAAGUUCCAGUUAGCAGUCACAUCAAUGUAAUUCCAUCGUACUGAUAUUCAAUCCAUGCUAAAAAGCUUAAAAACAAUCAGGAAUCUGAGCUGAUACUGAAUUAGCUCUGUUUUGUAAGUAGCAGUGCUGCUUAUCCUGUAGAUUAUUCAUCAAGUUUCAUUCUCAUCAUGCUUGUAAAAUGUGCUUCCUAUGAGUGCAACUGGUGCUCCCGUAAUGCUCAGCGUAUUUUGUGAAUAUAGUGAAUCUAUUUUGCUUUGGUUGAGUUCAUUCUUUUUUGUGCCAUAACUAUAUUUAUAGAUGUGAAAAUAUUAAACAUUGUUUAAGCUGUAACACAAUCAUGCUGUUUGAAAGUAUAAUAUUUUAAUCUACCCUGAAGAAUUAUUCUACCACACCACAAAAUUUUCAAUCCCUGCCCAGUAUAGUUUGAAAACUGUAUAAACAUCAGCAAUUUGAGCAUAGUCUAUCUACCAUUCGGCAAAUAAUUCAGUUACCCUGUUUACUGAAAUAAUUGUAAGAUACUGUAACGUCCACUUUCUCAUGCAUAUGAAUAAACUUCCUAGUUUAAAAUUAA